UGUUUGCUGGACGUUCCACUAGUUCUCAACGCCACCCCGGAGGAGGGUCUCAGUCAUGGCUGCGGCGAACCUUUGGGACCCGGCGCCCGCGCCAAACGCUGCUGGGCUACUGCUGGGCCAUUUCGUAGUUUCGGGGUUAGUCACUCAGGAGAUGUUAAAUAUAUCUAAGAAAUCAGCUCCUUGCUUUGUGAACUUCUCCAGGCUUCAGCAGAUCACAAAUAUGCAAGCUGAAAUUAAUCAGAAAAACCUAGAAAUUGAACUUCUAAAACUAGAAAAAGAUACAGCAGAUAUUGUUCAUCCUUCCUUUUUGGCUCAGAAGUGUCAGACUCUGCAAAUCAUGAAUAACCAUUUGGAAGCAGUGCUGAAAGAGAAGAGGUCCCUCAGGCAAAGACUGUUGAAACCCAUGUGCCAGGAACACCUGCCUAUUGAAGCCGGUUAUCACAGUGACUUGGUACAUUUGCUGGAGUUGGCAGUGACUUUCAUUGAGAAAUUAGAAACCCAUCUUGAAACAAUUAGAAAUAUUCCUCACUUAGAUGAACGUGAAAAAAAAAUGAGCAAGGCUUUAGCUGAGAUGGAUAUUUUGGUGACGAAGACAGAAGAACUGGCGGAGAAUAUACUGAAGUGGCGAGAACAACAAAAGGAAGUUUCCUCUUGUAUCCCCAAAAUAUUAGCUGAAGAAAAUUUUCCUCCCAAACAUGAUGUUACAAUGCCUCCUUUACCUCUUAGUUCUAAAGUUCAUGUCCAGAAUGUUAAUGCCAAAUCAUUCAACUGAUUCAAUUAAGCAAAAAUAAGUCUUUUUUUUUUUUUGCUUAAUUGUAUAUAAUCUUGUUAAGUCCAUUUCUAGUCAAUAAUAAUGUGGGUAUUUGUAGGCUUUGCUGCUAGCAGUACUAAAAGAGCCCUCUCACUAUUGAAGUACUAAGAUGCCAAGUUCAUUAAAACCAAACAAAAUUUACUUUUUUAAAAUGCUCACUUGUGGAUAUGUUUAUUCAGAGUGAGAGAGAAAUACCAUGUGAGAGAGAAACAUCAACCUGGUGCCUCCAGUAUGCACCCACCUGGGGCUUGGGCCACAGCCUUUAGUGUGUGGGACGGCACUCCAGCCAGCUGAGCCACUGGGCUAAGGCUGCUUUGUUUUUCAUGUAUUUUUAUUCCACUUUUCAAUGACACUUAGGAAGAUCAAAUAUAACUAUUAUAAUUUAUUAACGCGAGUGUCUCCAUAUCUCAAGCAGCAGACUCUGUGUCUUUUUUUUAAUGCUUGUUUCUGAAUUAGAAGAGUCUUCUUGAAUCUGAAAGAAUGUUGAUUAUUCCUGUGAGAUUGUCACCAAUUGUGCAAAAAGAGUAACAUUAUCUUUUAAAGGGUUUGUUUGCAAGGUGGGUCCUUUGCUGCUGUCUGGGAACUUACAUUUCAAGAGGCUUCCUCCACUCUCACUAAUAAGAGUUCUCUGUGAUGAAGCUGUUUGAACACUGCAGUUUUUGCUGAAUACCUGCCUUUCGUCUGGGAGUCUAGAUUUUCGUGCAUGCUAGGUAGAAGGUACCUAUGUGACUGGCAUACAGAAAUAACCCUGGACAUGGCAUCCCUUUCAUGGUAGACAUUUCACAUGUCACAAUUCAGGUGCUGGUGGAAUUAAGCACAUCCUGUGUGACUGCACUGGCAGAGGACUCUGGAAGCUGUGCCUGGUUUGUCCCAGGCUUUGUCCCAUGCACCUUUUCCCUGUGCUCUAUGUGUUUAUGUUUUUACUGUAAUAAAUCAUAGCCAUGAAUACAGUCA